AUGCUGGUCAUCGUCAAUUCAAAAAAACUGAAUGCCUGGCGCAUCAAGGGUCUGCUGACUUCGCGUGCCUUCACGCCUGGCGGAAUUGCCGCAACCUGUGGUAUUCGCACGGCACAUAACAUGACCCGUUUAACGAGGCACUGGGACGAGCCACCAGACUGCCGAAGCAUUGACAAAAUGAAUGCGGCCUCUCAGCGUUGGUGCUUUGGUGCCUCGCACGCAGACCCUCGGUGUCAACCCCCAACUUUUCCGUUCGCUCAGUUUCGGUGUGGAGUGUGUUUAUCCGGGACAAGGCGCCGUGGUGCGAGAAAAGCGCUCUUAACUGAAGCUGCAAGCGGUGUCCGCGCACCGCCACGACAUCAAAGUUGCGCGAUGGAGCUAACACUUAUUUCAUGCGCGGAGGGCGGUGGGCUGGCCGUCAAAGAAUGCGGCAAAAAAACUAAUUAUAUGGCCCGACGAGAUGAGAGGGGGAAGGGAAGGGAGUCGCUGCUCCUCUCCCUUUCCGGUUAUGCGAAAAAAACAUCAACUAUGUGGGACUGGAAAGUCAAUCAACCUGUUAAUGCUCUUCUCAAGCCCCUGCCUCCUCGGCCCGUGCUGGGUGCACGACUUGCCACCAUUUAUGCCAGUUGGGUCCUGAAACCACAAUUCGUGAUGCUCACAGUUCAGCCAAUCGAUCAGGGCGCCGCCUUCGUUGGGAUCCACUCAGUUGGUCUGGAACGAACUACCACCACCCUGUGGUUUCACCCUGCAAACCCGCCCCCCCCUACAUUUGUGCUAUUCAUCCCCUCAUGCCUCUUCGUAAGGGCGGUAAGAAGCACCGUCAAGAGCAGCGACAACUUAGUAACACCCGACUAA